AUGAUUAUGUACAGACCUAAGCUUCUAUUUACCCGAAUAGUUGGACGCCGCUUCCUAACGCUCCAAACUCUUGAUACACCAUCAGAAAAUGCGUUGAAAUUUAUUGCCAAAGAUGCAAGAUUUCUUCCAGAAGGUCUAUCCCAAGCCAUUGACAUUGAGACUAUUGGUGAAGCAAAUGAUAUUUCACCACUUGCAUCAUCUUUGUACAAGAUCAACGGUGUCAAGUCCAUUAUGGUUGGGCCGGACUUUAUUACAGUGAACAAGGUUGAUGAUUCACUUUCGAAUAAUCCAGAAUUACAUUGGAAUUGCUUAAAACCUAAGAUACAGCAAGCAAUUUGUGAGUUUGCCGACUCUAAAAAACCAUUUAUCAAUUCCAACUGGAUGGAAAACUAUCAAAAACAGCUGGAUGCAAUCAAUGAAAAUGACGAUGACAUUGUCUUUGAAAUAAAGGAAUUAUUAAAUACGAGAAUCCGUCCAGCAUUACAGGACGACGGUGGUGAUGUUCACUUUAGAUCAUUUGACGAGUCUACAGGUACAGUAUAUGUGAAACUCAGGGGAGCAUGUAAGUCUUGCUCCCUAAGUGAAGACACCCUUAAAUCUGGUAUUGAGUCAAUGCUACAACACUAUGUUCCAGAAGUGGAGCACGUCAAGGCCGUUCUUGACCCCGAGGAAGAAAUUGCCAUUGCGGAGUUUGAGAAAUUGGAAAAUAAACUGAAACAAGAAAAGGCUUCCAGCAAGUAA